CUUCUUGAUUUGGUAAUUGUAGUUUCAGGAGGAUUUGUGGAAGAAAUAACAGUCCUGUCAAUUUGUUUCGUGUAGUAUUUGGAUAUAGCUAGAUCGUUUUCUUAAAUAACAUUUUUAUGUUGGCAUUAUAUAACUUAAUGAAUGACUUCUACAACAUAGCUAUUUUAGAAUAAGUAACUAGUUGAAUUGGUCUUUAUAAGAGAGUCAUAACUCGAGGAUGGAAAGGGCUGCCUACGUAUUGGCUACUGUAACAGUUUUCCAAAUAAUAAUGCCUGCUGAAAAAUGUUGCGUAUAAACACGGGAAAUAUAUAGUCAUGCCAGAUGUGGACAGUAUUUCAGAAUGCUCCGGUGAGGUAGUGAUCGAAAUUUCCGAAUCCUUACAACUUUUUCCAGGAUUGCUGGCGGUAGCCAUUGUGUUCGGAGUGUUUUUCGGAAUUUUCGCUGCAGCGCUGCUGUACGUGUUUUUCUUGAAGCCUGUACUUUUGAAUCGAAAGUUUCAGGGCUAUGACACCAGAAAGCUGUUUGAGGCGGAUGACUUGGACCAAGAGGACAAUAAAAGUGAUUCUGUGAGCGUUGGAAAGAAGGCAGGCCAGAGCACAGCACUGAAUGAAAGGGAAAGAAAACAGCUGCCAAUGAACAGUGAUGUUGCUGCGUUUGCAUUGAAGGCCAAGGUUGUUUACCCAAUCAACCAGCGAUACAGACCUCUGGCAGAUGGAGCCUCCAAUCCCUCUCUCCAUGAGAACUCCAGGCUGGCCAUGCUCCCCAACCCGGAGUCAUCCUCCUCCUCCAGCCUGGACUCACUCAGCCAGGAAAAUGACGAGGACAGCAGCCAGUUUGUCACCUCGUCCCCGAUCCCCAACACCUUCCAGAACGAGAGGUUCAUCAGAGUCAGCCAUUUCCCUGAGACGUUUACUUGUGCAGGGUUCGAGGGCCGGAUCAGUCUCUACUGUUUGGGUCUCCAAAACUUCCAGCAUCUGUGUUCCAACCUGCAGGAAGAGAAGCAUGUGUUCUUUCUCCAGAUUCUCAGAAUUCUUUUCGAUGAGUGUUUUCGCAAGGAGAAAAUUGACUCUGCUUUCUACAGUAAAGUUCUUCUGAUACAAGAAAGGGAACUGCAGGACUUGAAGAAAGAGCUAUCAGUGAAGCUGUUUAACUCUGAGAGAAAGGAGGACCCAAAUUCAAUCUACUGCACUCUGGAAGAGAUUGAAAGAGCUGGGAAGGAUAGACUUGAGCACGGACUUCAAAUGGUGAUGGGGUUCAGCAGGCAGGUGGAGAGGCUUUGCCUCCACCUGCGCAGCAGACCCGGCGCGCUCUCGGGGGAGGUGGUGCGGGAAACGACCCGUAGCCUCAUCCACAGCCUCCUGCAGGUGGAGACUCAGCUGGCUGAGCUCCAGAUUUCUGAUACCAGGAACACUCAGGAGAAGUUCCUGUGGUGGGAGGAGCUGAGGGCGUGGCUCCAGUCCCGGCCCGCCCUGCUCAGGCAGGAGGCCGUGUGCAGGCUGAGGCUCGUGGCCAAGGCCCUGGAGCAGCUGACCAGCGACGGCCAGCUCAGCUUCAGCCACAUGGAGAGGAUGCUGUCUGAGCUCCAGAGCGCUCUGAAAGAGGAGCUGCAGCACUGCGGCGAGGAAUGCAUGAAGCAGACAAAGGAGCUGGUUAGCGAGAUGUACAGGAAGGCCGAUGUGAAGAAGAAGAAGCUAAUGAAGAGCCAGGCUAAAGAGAGAGGCCGCGCUCUGGACAAUGCACAGCAUCUUAGGGACCCUCCGGAGUUUGUGAAGGUGUACUAUGAGGUUCUGGAGAAACAGAAGAAGCAGAGCAGUGAUCUGGAGGAGCAGCAGGAAUGGAGUGUGACGGAGGCUGUGUGUGAGCUGUGGAAGAGGGUCCACUCCUCCUGGUCGGAGAAGCUGGCGGACCGGGUCAAGGACCUGUUCCUGACCGCGCUGCCCGCGCAGACGCAGCUGACCGCGGACGGGUGCGACCGGCUGAGGCGGGAGGCCGACCGCGACCUGAGCGCUCAGCUGCAGAGAGAGGAGACCGCGGCCAAACAGAACCUGCAGGCGCUGCAGGAGCAGCUGGACCUGGACAGACAGGUAUGGCUGGAAGAGGAAGCACUGGUCACAGCCAGUCUGAGGCAUAUGUGUGAUCAACAGCUGAAAAUCCUCAGGGGGAUGUCAGUGAAGCAGAAAGACUUGCAGGAAAGUGUGGAUAGCCUAAUGGAGGAGAAACAUCGCCUCCUCCUGGCAGCAGUGCAGAGGCUGUUUAUGGCUCGUCAUUUCACCCUGAGGGCCCUGAAGGAGAUGAGGCUUUCCAGGCUGAAGAUGCCCUCCCUCAGCGACUCAAAGGUGGUGGAGCUGGAGGACUGCAGCAAGACCCAGCACACUCCUAGCCUGAGUCCCAGAGCUAUUCAUAAGGACUGUCCUGCCAGUGAGGCUGAAAGGCGCCUGGGGCCAGAGGCUCAUCUCAUUGGUCAGGGCUUUCAGCAGGAGUUCCUCUCAGAGCUGGACACUGGGGCGGAGCUUCUGCAGGAACACGCCCAGCUUCUGAUGGGCCACACCCUCGCCCACAGUAUUCAUCGGCAGGGCGACAUGCAGCCUUCCACUCAGCCCCACCCACACGACAGCAGGAAGCUCCCCCUGGUGGAGGCGGCCUCAGAAAGCGUGUAUGUGACGCGAGGGUCCGUCAGUGCCCUCAUCCAGGACUACUACACCCAGAUCCAGGGCAUCACCAAGGCCCAGCAGCAGGACCCUCAGCUCAACCUGGAGAGCACUGGAGGAGAGUGCGACAGGGCGGGUGGGCGGAGCCUGCUGUACAGAGCCCUGCAGAAGGAACUGGCCAAUUGGGAGAGGAAGCCCACAUCCAGGGAGUUUCACCAGAGGGUUGAAAUGCAGAAGAGGAAGAUCCUGGCCCAGUACGAUGUUGAUCUCGAGGCAGCAUAUGAAACACUGAGGAAGAGGAAGUCUGACCUUCACCGCGAGCAAGAGAAUCUUGAACUACAGCUUCAGGAAGCAGAGGAAGCCUUCAUGAAUCGACUGGCAACUCUGGCCAGAGUGCCCCUGGCCAGCAGGGAGUCCGAACACGCGGACAGCCAGACAGCCGAGGAAGCUCAGGAUGAAUGUAAGAGGAACACUGGGGUCAGUAAAGAGAGCGACUGUGUCCCCCAAAGCCCUGGAAAUCCCAGACAUGAGCAAGGAUAUUUCCUGGAAGAGACCGGGAAAAGAAAGAAGAGGAAAGAAAUGCGAGAUUGAUCACUGUAUCACGCAGCAGGCCUGUAAAUAAAGAGCUGUGAUAUUGGUACAGGGGGUUCAAACUCCUUUUUCUUAUACGAACACAAGGGUCAGGUGAGGUGCUGUGGCAUGAAACAUUUGUUUGUUUUUAUUUAUUGGUUUGCACGUGUACGAAGGCCCUUUCCAGGUAAGAGAAAGGAGGGAGGCCUUUUCAUACACUCAGCUUAAGUGCUGUGCUCUGCAGACUUUCAAAGGACACCACAUUUUUUAAAGAAAAAAAACCCUCUCUCCUUAUUUUAAAACCAUGUUUUUAAGAGACAUUUUCCAAAUAACAUGGAGAAAGCCAGGAAAACAUCAGGCACUUGGAAGUGGUCUGAAGAUUAGGUUGCUGUGGGACUGUUUCCUACAGCUGAAGUGACUCCACCCGCUCCUCAGUUUGGAUUUGGAAGUUGCCUUCCAGGUUUUAUGUGUUACAUUCUGCAUAUACACACAUUUGUUAGUCCUUUCAUCUUUGGUCGGAGACCAUCCUGGCAGACAUCUUCGGGGGUCUAAAUGUUAACAACAGCAAGUUUUUCACUAUACAUGUUUACUGUCGGACCUUUCCCGCUUAGUGAAGGAAAAAGACUGUGGGUCUGUCCUUGUCCUUGUGCUGCUAAUGUGUCUCCACUGCUGCUAUGUGCCAUAAUAUCAGAAACUAGGUAUUACGUCAGCACGCUUUCACAUAAUGGCAUCAGUUAAAAUACCAUUAUGAAGUACCAUGUAUUUGAGGUUAAUAUUUAGCGUAUCGUGGGCUGCUGCCUGUAAGCAGUGGUUUCCGCUUUGAGAAGUCCAUAAUGGCCGUGCAGUAAAACUUCCCUUUGACAGUGCAAUGAAAAACUGUGCUGUUGCAGAUGAUUACAAAUACAUCAGCAGUGGCUGACGACGUACAAAUAGAGUAGGCAGGGAGCGCACUUUUGAUUAAUGAUGCUGAAAUGGGUUUGGACUGUUUUUUUCUUGGAACCAGGCAGGCCAAAUGAUGCUCACCCAUUAGCAGCUAAUUCCUUUUUGUUAGAUUGCCUUUAAUGAACUGCCUUCGCAUUGCACUGCGGUUCACAUUAAAUCUUUGUAGACACAAAUGAAAGAUGACUGGUUUUUAAGUAAAAACAAAUCGACCCGCUUAUUUUGCUUUAAUAAAGCGUUUUAACAUGUGGUUGACGUGCACAUUUUCAUCUUUUAUUUAAGAAAUCACCAGAGCUGUCUUUCUACUUAAUGAUGUUCCAAACAGUUGGUUUUGGUUAGAUUUGGCCUAUGUCUCUUGACUUUUUUUUCUUAUUUCUCAGCCUCAUAACGCAUUCUGCUUUCAUUGGUACAACUCAUGUUGACAAAUGCCAAUAACAGACUACAAAGGCAAUCGAAAGGCUAGAAUCAAAACCGAAUACUGAAAGCUCUCUUACAUCUGCACUAAGGAAGCAAUUGAACACACUUGACUAAUCAGAAAAAACAGCCAUUUGUCCCAAGCAUUAUAAUACCCUGAAACAUGGGGGACUAUUUAAAAAAGGGUUGUAAUUUCUACAUGAUGGAACAAAAUGUGUAAAUAAAAGCUGAGAAUGUGAGCUUCAACCACGUGUGAAUUGCGGAGUACAGAGCCAAAUCAAUAAAAAUAUGUCUUUGU